AUGGCCUGGGGGGCAGAAUCUAUACAUGGCGGCAGCGCUGUCCUAUACAGCAUUAAAGCCCAGCACCCCCCCAUUACGCUCAAACCUAAAAUCAAAGCGGAGCUUGAUGGCUUGAUCUCGCAGGGGGUGUUGGAACCGUUCGCCCACGUUAGGUGGGAGAUGCUGAUUGUAACCCCGGUUAAGCCAAACGGGGACGUGAGAAUAUGUGCGGAUUAUAAAUGCACUAUUAACAAGGCACUGCAGGACCAUGUGUAUCCGGUGCCUGUGGUUAGCCAUGUGUUGACCGCACUAGCGGGCGCCCAGGUCUUUGGCAAACUGGACUUAGCCCAGGCAUAUCAACAGCUGCCUAUUGAUGCCGCCACUGCUGAGGCCCAGAAAACAGUUACGCACAAGGGGUUUUUCAAAGUUAACCAUCUACAGUUUGGGGUCUGUGUGGCACCAGGUAUAUUUCAGUCAUUCAUGGAUUCUCUCUUUAAAGGGAUCCCUGGAGUCCAGCCUUUUCUAGAUGAUGUGCUGAUCACGGCCCCGGACUCUUCCUCUUUCACUGAAUGGCUGUGGGCGGUGCUCCAACAAUUUGACUCCACCGGUUUGAAAGUAAAGCAUGAGAAAUGUCUCUUGGGAGUGCCCAUGGUAGAGUUCUUGGGGUUCACGGUGGAUGCCCAGAGUAUCCACCCCAUGGAUGGCAAGAUCCGUGCCAUCACGCAGGCACCCCGUCCCACAUCCAAGGCCAUGUGGAGGAUCUUCAGUGCUCAAGGCAUUCCGGACUCCUUGGUCACUGACAACGGCUUGGGUUUCACCUCAGAGGAAUUCCAGACAUUCAUCGAGUACUGUAGCAUCUGCCACAUCAGGUUGGCUCCCUUUACCCAGCAACAAACGGGCAAGCAGAGAGAAUGGUAUUUUCAGUCAGGUGAUCUCAUCAUAGGUGGCAUUACUUCCCAGUUCUUACUGCCUUUUGUUGAGGAUAACUUCAGACAACACCCUCGUCAAUCAGAGAUUGGUGAGAACAUUGUACUGACGAAAAACUACCAGCAUAUUUUGGCUUUGGUAUUCGCGGUGAAGGAGAUCAAUAAAAAUCACCAGAUCUUACCCAACAUCACUUUGGGCUUCAACAUCUAUGACAGUUAUUUCGAUUCACGGCGGACCUAUCGUGCCACACUGGAUCUUCUUUCAACAUAUAAGAGAUUCACCCCCAACUACAAGUGUGGUAUCCAGAGUAACCUGAUAUCAGUCAUUGGAGCUCUUUACACUAAAACGUCACUCAACAUAGCAGAAAUUUUGGGCAUUUACAAAGUUCCACAGUUCACUUACGGGUCUGUGCCAAGGAUGAAUGAUGAAGCAGAGACCAUUUCCUUCUACAAAAUGGUCCCUAAUGAAGCCUAUGAAUAUACUGGGAUUCUCCAGCUACUACUGCAUUUCAGGUGGACAUGGGUUGGAGUCCUUGCAGCAGGUGGUGACGUCGGAGAAAGAUUUGUGCAGACAAUAAUUUCAGUUUUCCCCCUCAGAGGCAUCUGUUUUGCCUUCUUAGGAAGACUAAUGACACUUUAUAUGGGAAACUUUCUUGAAUUCAUGAAUUCGUUGGUGUCAAUAUAUAAUAUGUUCACAGAAAGCAAUGCUAAUGUAGUCAUUGUUUAUGAGGAACAUAUGAUACAUUUGAGAUGCUUAUUAUAUUUACCAGAAAUGGGAAUGGUGACCAUGGAGCCUAAAGGUAAAGUGUGGAUUAUGACCGCUCAAAUGGUGUUGAUGUCAUUGAUUUAUCAAAGGAGUUGGGAUAUACAAGAUAUCCAUGGUGCUCUGUCCUUCACAGUUCAUUCAAAUGAAGUUCUAGGAUUCCAGGAUUUUCUUCGGACCAGAAACCAUUUCUGGACAAAAGAAGAUGGUUUCAUCAGAAACUUCUGGGAACUGGCAUUCAGCUGUGUUAGCAAGGGAAGUGAGAAAACCUGUACUGGAGCAGAGAAGCUGGAGAGCCUUUCAAGCUUAUUCUUUGAAAUGAACAUGAUUGGCCACAGCUACAACAUCUACAAUGCGGUCUAUGCCAUGGCACAUGCUUUACAUGCCAUGCAGUCAUGUCAGCACAAACACAGAUCAAGUGUUGACAGAAGGAUACUGAAUCUUCAGGAUCCACAGUCAUGGCAGCUGCACUACUUUCUCAGAGAUAUCUCUUUUAACAACAGCGCUGGAGACAGGAUUUCCUUUGAUCAGAACAUGGAACUGAUAGAGGGAUUUGACAUCGUGAACUUGCUCACUUUUCCCAACCAUUCAUUCCAUAGAGUGAAAGUAGGAAGACUGGAUCCCCACGCUUCCCAAGACAAUAAGCUCACUAUUCAUGACCAAUCCAUCACAUGGCAUAGCAGUUUUAAACAGAAAUUGCCUGUUUCUCUAUGUACUGAGAGCUGCCAACCGGGUUAUAGGAAGAGAAGGCAGGAAGGGAAGCCAUUUUGUUGUUACGAUUGUAUUCCCUGUACAAGAGGAAAGAUUGCAAGCCAGAAAGAUUUGGAUGACUGCUUUAAAUGCCCAGAAGAUCAAUAUCCAAAUAAGGACCGUGAUUCAUGCAUUCCAAAGGAGAUAAGCUUCUUGUCUUAUGAAGAUCCCCUGGGGAUCAGUUUAGCUGUUUUGGCCCUUUCAUUUUCUUGGCUCACUACUUUGGCUUUAGGAAGCUUUGUAAAAUACCACAAUACUCCCAUCGUCAAAGCCAACAACCGUAAUCUGACUUAUGGUCUUCUCAUCUCCAUCCUGCUCUGCUUCCUUUGUGCCUUGCUAUUUAUUGGGCAGCCUGGGAUGGUAACAUGCCUCACACGACAAAUUGCUUUUGGCAUCAUCUUCUCCGUGGCUAUAUCUUAUGUGCUGGCAAAGACUGUCACUGUGGUUCUGGCUUUUAUGACCACCAAACCAGGAUCCAGGAGUAGGAAAUGGGUGGGGAGGGCCUUAGGUAACUACGUUAUUCUUUUCUGCUCACUUAUCCAAGCAGGCAUUUGUGCUGUAUGGUUGGGAGUCUCUCCCCCAUUCCCAGAUGUUGAUGUCAAUUCCAUGACUGAAGAAAUCACCUUGGAAUGUAAUGAGGGAUUGCCUAUCAUGUUUUACUGUGUCUUGGGCUAUAUGGGCUUCCUGGCCUGUGUCAGUUUCAUGGUGGCUUUCCUUGCCAGGAAGUUACCUGACAGUUUCAAUGAAGCCAAAUUUAUCACAUUCAGCAUGUUGGUGUUUUGCAGUGUUUGGUUAUCCUUUGUUCCAACCUACCUGAGCACCAAGGGGAAAUACAUGGUGGCUGUAGAGAUCUUUUCUAUCUUGGCUUCCACUGCUGGGUUGCUGAGUUGCAUCUUUUUCCCUAAAUGUUACAUCAUUGUGUUUAAACCUGAGCUGAACAAGAGGGAACAGCUAGUAAGGAGGAAGAUUUAA